AUGUUUUAUGUACCUCAAAACAUUUCAAACAUAUCCAACAGAAUUAAUAAAUAUAAAAUAAAUUACUUAACAAGAUGUAGAAGUUAUAAUAAGAUAUUCUGUUUAAUACAUAAGUCGAUAAGUAGUUCUAAAAGAAAUCUAAACAACAUAAGAACAGUGGAUACAUUUACAGAUAAACAAAUAUAUGAUGAACAUGUUAAGUUGCUGAAAUGUGUUUUAAGACUUGAAAAAGAUUUUCUUUUUAUUUUAAAGAGUAAGAAAAAUAAAGAAUGUGUUAUAAAUUCUAAUAAUAUAUAUUAUAAUAAUAAUAUCAUAAAUUAUGAUGAUAGUAUAAAAUAUAAUGAUGAUGGUAGUAUAAAAUAUAAUGAUGAUGAUAAUAUAAAAUAUAAUGAUGAUGGUAGUAUAAAAUAUAAUGAUGAUGGUAGUAUAAAAUAUAAUGAUGAUGGUAGUAUAAAAUAUAAUGAUGAUGAUAGUAUAAAAUAUAAUGAUGAUGGUAGUAUAAAAUAUAAUGAUGAUGAUAAUGUUACUUCGUUAUCUUUAAAUUCUUCUUUCAAUUUACCUGAUCAUAAAAUUGUUUCCUCUUGUGGCGAUAACAUAAAUUUAAAUGUAUCAUCAGAGAGAAAUAUUUUAUAUGCUCAUAAGAAAAAACAAAAUGAUGAUCAUCCAGCUAUUCAGAAAUGUACCCCGCCUUUACUUAAUAAUAAUGAAAAGAACAUAAUAAAAAAUAAAAUUAUAUUAUAUAAUAAGAUAAAGAAAUUAAUAGAUAAAAAAUGUAAUAAUAUAAUGAGUAUAUUAUUGAAUAAAUCAUAUUUUACAGUAUUAUUAUCAUGUGUUGAUAUUAUAAGAAAUAAAGAUAUUUUUAAUAUAUAUUUGUUUAAAUGUUUAUAUCUUAAUAAUCAAUGGAUACAUGUAUUAAAUUAUAACAUGGUGGUAUCUCUAUUUUUAAACGUAUCUACAUUAUAUUGUGAAGAAGAAAAAAUAAAUGAAAAAAUAAAUAAAUUCCAUAAUACGUAUCAUAAGCGUCACCCGUAUCAUAUUUUAAUAUAUAACUUUUUAUGUAUAGAGAACAUUUGUAAUGUAUAUAAAAAUAUACUACAGGUUAUUAUUCCACUUCUUAUAAGAUGUGAUAAAAAAUUGGAGAGUACGCUUUCUUUUAAUGACAUGAUUAAAAUAACAAUUAUUUUUUUUAAAAUUCAUAGACGAAAUGCUCUUGUGGUUACCUACAGUAAUAUAGAGGAGUUGAUUAUACACAAGAGAAUAUCUUUUCUUAUUUAUAAAAUGAAUAGGGGAAAUAAAAAUAUCCAACAUGAUAAUAUAAAUAAUGAUAUGAAUGAUGUUAAAAAUUAUAUAUAUGGUAGAAAAAAAAAAAAUAAAUAUAUAUAUGGAAAUAAUAAUAAUAAUAAUAAUAAUAAUAAUAAUAAUAAUCGUUAUGAUGAUAAUAAAUAUACGAAUAAACCAAUUAAUACAAAUAUAUUAAAUAAAAUUUAUAUAAGAAAUGAACAUAUUGUUACAAAACAUGCUACUAGUACAGAUGAAACAAAGAAGGAAUUGUUCUUUUGUACAUUUAUGAAUAUGACUACAUUAUUAUAUGAAAUCAUCUUGUUUUAUAAAAACAUAUCAACAAAGAAUAUAAAAAUAAAUUAUGAAUAUAUAGAUGAUACAUGGAAUAAUAUAAUAACCAAUAUAAUAAUAUAUAUAAAAAAUAAUAUACAUAUGGAGAUAAUAAAAAAGGAAAAACAUUUACAAUCAAUUAUAUCUUUAUUAUAUAGUUUGACUGUAUUGAAUUCGAACAAAUUAUAUGAGAACAUAUUUUAUAUAUUUGAAAGGUCUGUCGAUAUUAUACAUGACCUUUUUAAGCAUAACAUGAGGAAAAUUAAUAUAAUGACUUUUGAUGGAUUGAAAAAUGAUUUGAAUGUUUCGUUUGUUAAUAUGUGUAAUGAUGGUAAUAAUUAUAAUAAUGUGCUCAAAUAUGAACAUCCCAAUGUGAAACAUAAAAAAUGUACCAAGGUAAAAUAUAAUAUGUAUAACAUGUUUCAUAGAAACAUAAAAUUUAAAUAUAAACAAAAUAUAGUACAUACUUAUUUGAAUAAAAUAGAUCCACUUCUUUAUAAUAAUUUUCUAUUUGUUUAUGUUCCUGAUUUAUUAUACUCACAAGAUAAUUGUACAGACAUGUUUACGUUAGAUGAAUUAACAAAGCUACUUUAUGCUCUUUCAUAUUAUCAGAAGGAAACAGAAAAACAAAAUAAAAAUAAUAAAAGAAAAGUAUAUCAUAUUAAAGAUAUUAUUAUAUCUUUAUUACCUUAUGUCAAUACUAUAGUUGAACGACAAAUAUUCAAAUUGCUUGUUAAUAAAAAUAAUAAUAUAUGUAGUAAAAUAAAAAAUAUAGAAACAUUUAAUUUAAAUAUGUAUAAUAACGUAGAUCCUGUUGUAUAUAAAAAUAAAUUUGCUAUGGGAAAAAUAGAAACAAAUAACUAUGAUAAGAAUACAUGUUCUAAAUUGGCACCUUAUAAAAAUUAUUAUAAUAUAUGUAAUGAUAACACAUAUGUGCCUCAUUCCUCUAUUUAUUGUAUUGAAAAAAAUUUAAGUCAUCUGUUAAAUAUUUAUUACCAACACAAAAUUGUAGAUAUUAAAAUGUUCUAUAUCUUAACCUUUUUAUUAGCUAUGCCGAAAAGAAAGUAUAUAGAUUUAAUUAUUUUUAGUAAUAUAAUAAAUGCUUUAUCUAAAAUGUAUUAUACAUAUGAAAUGUAUGUCGUCCUUUUUUAUUUUGUUAAUAAUGUAUGUAGAAUGAGAAUUAGUGAAUGUGUCUUAAGUAAAUAUUUUUUUAGAAACGGGUUGGUGUUAAAGACUGUUGAAGAGGAAGAAAAAGAGGAAGAGGAAGAGAAAGAGAAAGAGGAAGAGAAAGAGGAAGAGAAAGAGGAAGAGGAAGAGAAAGAGAAAGAGAAAGAGAAAGAGGAAGAGAAAGAGAUCCAAAAAGAGGUUAAAAAAGAGGUUAAAAAAGAGAUCCAAAAAGAGGUUAAAAAAGAGAACCAAUAUGAGGUUAAAAAAGAGGUUAAAAAAGAGGUUAAAAAAGAGAACCAAUAUGAGUUAAAGAAAGAACGUGGUGCUAAUAAAAUUCUUCCCUUUUAUAUUUGGAGAUCGUUUUUAAAAAAUAUACAAUUUAAUGUAAAAGAUCAACAUAUGUUAAACAGUUUAGUUCCUGUUAAUAUAAUAAAAAUAAUGAAUGGAUUAAUUUUUUACAAAAUUAUGGAUAAAAAAUUUAUAGAAAGCAUUAUGUCUAGAAUUGAGAAGGCAUAUGUAUGCAAGGGGUCAGAAGUGAAUUUCGCAAGGAAUGGAAAAAAUAAUUAUAGUAGUAAUAACGAAACAGAUGAAAGGAUAGAUGUGUAUAAUAAAACAUAUGAAAUAAAAAAAGAUAAAAAUAUGUGUAAAAAGAUUAGUAGUAAUGAUAAAUAUAUGUUUAAGAAAGAAAAAGAAAAAUUUAAUUUUAUUUGUCUUAAUACCCUUCUGAAUUACAUGAGUUAUACAAAUGAUAUCCAAUAUUAUAAUAUAAAAGUUCUUUUAAUGAAGAUGAUAAAAAAUAUUAUAAUUAAAGAAGAAAAAAAUAUAGAUGUUAGAUUGUUAUGUAGUAUAUUUAUAAGUUAUACAAGAUUGAACAUAUAUGACAAGAUAUUAUUUUAUGAUAUUUAUAAAAAAUUACAAACUCAAAAAUUAAAUUUUGGAAAUAUUAUAAGUAUCCUUUCCUAUAUGAAUAAAACGGCAAUAUAUGAUAAACAUAUUUUAUUUACAUGUUGUAAAGAUAUAUUUAACAAAAUAAAUGAUAAAAAUAUAAUACAAAAUAAUCAAUUAUCACAUUUAAUUCAUUUCUUAUUUAUAUUAACAUCUAUAUCUCAAUUAUUUUUAUUUAACAAAUUUCAUAUUGUUUUAUCAUAUAUAUUUAGGAUACUUUAUUAUAUUUAUGUUUAUAUAAAUAAUCAACUAAUAAUAACAAAAAAAAAAAAAAAAAAAAAAAAAAAAAAUCAAUCUUUUCAACAUGUUAAUAUUAUAAACAUUUCUUCAGUAAUAACAACACCAUUACCAAAGAACUUUAUUUCAAUGUUUGACAUAAGUUUAAAUAUUCUUUAUCACUUUUUUUUAUUAAUACCGUUACAUAAUCAUAAGAAUGUAAUCGAAUGUGUCAACAUAUCACACCUGAAUAUUCUUAAUUCCUUAUUAUCUUACAAAUAUAAGCACAAAUAUCACGUUACUCCAACACCCUCGGAUAUACAAAGAAGUGUACUAAACAUAUUAAACAAAAUGCUCCUUGGACAUAGAAAUAUAAAGGUAUCUUACGAGUAUAAAAUGCAUAACGUGCCUUAUCAAAUAGACAUUUUAAUAAUGAAAGGUGUUUAA